CCCCGCCCCCGCCCCCCAGAGGGAGGCCGGGUGCAGAAGCCACACACGCGGCGUAGCCAGGCUGCUCGCAGGUACGGUGCGUUCGGCGUGCACUGAAGAUGGCGGCCGCUGCGGGAAGGUUGCUCUGGUCCUCGGUUGUUCGGCAUGCUGCAAGUGCUAUUUCCCGGGGUAUCUCUGCCUCAGCAGUUCUUAGGCCUGUUGCUUCUAGAAGACCCUGCUUGACAGACAAACUGUGGUCUGCCUCUGUCCAGGCAAAGUUUGCCUUUAGCACCAGUUCCUCAUCCCACACCCCGGCUGUCACACAGCACGCACCCUAUUUUAAGGGCACUGCUGUUGUCAAUGGAGAGUUCAAAGAGCUGAGUCUCGACGACUUUAAGGGGAAAUACUUGGUGCUUUUCUUCUACCCUUUGGAUUUCACAUUUGUGUGUCCUACAGAAAUUGUUGCUUUCAGUGACAAAGCCAAUGAGUUUCAUGAUGUGAACUGUGAAGUGGUUGCAGUUUCCGUGGACUCCCACUUCAGCCAUCUUGCCUGGACAAACACGCCAAGGAAGAAUGGUGGUUUGGGCCACAUGAACAUCGCGCUGUUGUCGGAUUUAACUAAGCAAAUAGCCCGAGACUAUGGAGUGCUGUUGGAAGGUGCUGGCGUUGCACUCAGAGGCCUCUUUAUUAUUGACCCUAAUGGUGUCAUCAAGCACCUGAGUGUGAACGACCUCCCAGUGGGCCGCAGCGUGGAAGAAACCCUCCGCCUGGUGAAGGCGUUCCAGUUUGUGGAGACCCAUGGAGAAGUCUGCCCUGCCAACUGGACACCAGAGUCCCCUACGAUCAAGCCAAGUCCAACAGCUUCCAAAGAGUACUUUGAGAAGGUCCAUCAGUAGUUCAUGCCAAGUCUGCUGUUCACUCGAAGCUUCUCGUGCCACAGAGGGGAA